UACACGCCGGAGUCCUUUCUGAAAGACAGCAGUGAAAGCGGAAAGACGGGGCUCUAAGUCGGGGUACUAAUGGAGGGUGUUUGAGAAAAAGUGAGAGGGGGAAAGUUGUUGUUUUUUGUGGAGAAUGCAGAGAGGAAGCACAUGCAGGAAAGGAGCUGAGGACGAUGUAGGAAUUCCUGACUGAAGUCAUGGGUUCGGAGGCCAUGGAGGAUUGCGUGCAGGGGGCGCUCUCGUCACUUUACCCUCCCUUUGAGAGCACGGCACCACCCCUCCUCUCCCAGGUCUUUUCAGUCCUGGAGUCGACCUAUCAACACGACAGUCUUCGAUACCUCUUGGACUACUUCGUUCCCGCCAAGCACCUCCUGCACAAACUCCAGCAGCACGCCUGUUCUCAGUACCUGGGCUGCUUGUUCCUCCACUCCGGCUGGCCUCUGUGUCUUGGUGAGAAAGUGGUCGUCCAGCUCUCCACCUUGGACUGGAGGCUCCUGCGCAGUAAUGACUUCUAUCUGCAGGUGGUGCCCUUCUCUACCCGUUGCCCCCGCCUUGCCCUGAAAUGCCUGGCACCUGGGGGGCGCACUGUUCAGGAAGUCUUGGUACCCGAGUCACAGCACCCCCUUGUGUUCACCACAGAGUGGCUGCACAGCAUCAACAAAGAACGAGGCUACAAGAGAGAAGUCGGAGGAGGACUUGACACCUGCCUGGUCAGUACCUGUGACGGUGUGGUCCGACUUCCCUGGAAGGAGGUCGUCUACCCAAAAUUCAUCCACGACCCUUCAGAGGAGCUGAUGUCCAACCACGAGAAACGCCUUCCCAGUGAGGGGGGCAGCAGCCUCGGAGGCUGGGGAGGCUCAUCCUCUGGGGAACCUGACUCCUGGUCCUGGGAUGAGGAGGAGGAUGAGGCUUCACCACCAAAUUGCUUAGGCCAUGGGCCUGCCCUUCCCAGACGAAGGCGCAGCGAAGACGGUUUGGGGCGGACAGCGAGGCUUCCUCAGCUGGAUGGGGACUAUGUGGAGCUGUUGGAGCCUAGAUUGGGUCCUGAUGGAGGGGUUGACACAAGGCAGAGGUACCUGGAGAUGCAUGGAAUAUGUAAGACCAAGACUUUGCCUCUGGUCAGGAGGGGUAAAGCCAUUAAACUCAGGAAGGGGAGGGCUUGGGGAUAUGGAAGACUGGAAGGGUCAGGAAGCUUUCGAUCCCUCCUUGGUGCUAAAAGAGAGGCAGCGACCCCCAAAGGUGACGUUGCACCACCUCGGCCUCCAAUGGGAGCAACUGAGCCCAGAGGCGGGAGGCGGUGUUACUCCUCUUCUGUCCAUGACUCUGACGAAGGAGAUAAAACCAGCAGAGACUCUGAGCGGCUUUAUUUUGAUGGCCCGUUCAAAGAAAGGAGACCUGGUGUGGGCAAGGAUAGAGACAGUCUCACAAAGGACUCAGAAACCAGCAACAGCCUGGUCACAAAUGAGAUCCAUGACAGGACGAACAACAAAAGUGGACAUGUUAUAGAGGGCCAGUCAGAUCACGGAUCGCAUUCAGACUCUGUUUUCGAGGAUACUGAUAAACCACUGAGUGGAGACAGUGAUGCCACCACCCCAAGAUCAGAUGCACCCGAGAGACCUUUCACUGGAGUUUUAGAAAGUGGAGAGACUACCAACAGUGGAUCUAAAAUGAAGAGCACAUCAAACGCAAAGGUUACACAAGACGGGGACGACGGAAAGACGGAGGACAGAGUGUGUCCAAGAGGAAAGGAAGUGAAAACAGCAGGAUUCAGAGCACCAAGGAGGAAGAGGAAGGGAAAGGGAGCUAAAGGUAGGGCAAGGUCCGGUGGUCGUGCAAACCAGAGAGGCUCAAAACAGCAGGGUAAAGCUUUGCAACCAAGUCCCACCACUUCCUCUGCUGUGGCAAACCUGCCAAUCAAAGAGGAGAACCAGUUGGAACCGAGGGAACAGGCAGAUGAACCUGAUGGAGUGCCAACUUCAACUAAUGACAGGACAGAAGACACAAGAAAAAGCAGUGCAGAGACGGAGGCAGAGUCUUUGCCUGUCUGCAAUGGCCAAUCAGGCACAUCCUUAUUUAACCACUCAAGUGAGUCAGGUUCAGGAGAGACGAGUCCUGACCAACUUAAUGGUGUCGCAUCUAAAACUCCUCCUCUUCUGAGAGAACUGGACACAGAGCUUCUCCAGUCAGGGAAGCUUAAGAUGACGGGUACAGUGGACAGGUUGGGGCGUGCCCUCAUCCUCACUGCGACAGAUGCAUCAGAGGAGAGCGUCUCUGAGGAGGAGAUGUCCCGGGUCCUGGCCUGCUACCACAGAAUCACACGUCCUGCAGCCAAAGAAAAAGGUCUCACGGUGUUAAUGGACAGCAGACGUGCUCCACCCUCCACUCUCUGCCUCUCUGCGCUUAAAACGUUCCAGGUGUUGGUUCCUGGCGGUCUGGGAUCUGUUCUGGUGCUGGUGGAUGAGGAGCAGCAGGAGUCCCCGUCUCUUGAUCUUGAAGGAGCAGAGGUCCACACAGUCCGAGGAACAGGAGUCCUUCAGCAGCACGUGGACAAGCAGCAGCUGCCCUCAGAGAUGGACGGGGACUUCACACACUGUCAUGCAGACUGGCUGGUCUUCAGACUGAGCCUGGAGAGUCUGACAGAGCGCUGUGAGAGCGCCCUCUCACUGCUGGCAGAAGCACUGCAGUCUCUGGACACUGAGCCGAUGCCAGACAACAUCAAGGCUGUUCCUCAGAGCAUCGAUAAACACCGACAGCUCAUGGCGAGUGUGCUGGCCGACCAGCGUGUCACCGAACUGCAGCAAAGGGGCGGGGCUUGGCUUGCAGGGCUCACCAAUAGCGCGACUGGGCUGGCACAGAAGUCACCUGACUGCAGGGCCGCUCUCGCCUCGACCUCCAAACUCUACGACAGCGUGGAUGAUAACCUCCAUCGGUUGGUUCGAGUGUCCAACCAAAGGGGGCGCGACCUGGAGGCUCUGGGAAGACUGGCAGGACUGGUGGACAAACUGGAAAAGUGUGAUAAGGAGAUUGAGCAAGUCCAGUCCCAGCUGGAAAACUACAAGGACCCUCCUCUGUCCCUCAGCAGGCUCUCACUCAAACAGCAGAAAUUCAAGACGUUCAGAGAAACUGCCAACGAUCUUCACAGUGAGACUCUGUCCGUGCUCAGUGAUUUGGAGGGCUGGUGCGAGCUGGACUGGGCAGGCCUGAGCGACGUCCAGAUCCGACUUCCUCCAGUCAGGGAGAAACUGAGAGACAUGUCCCACUGUCUGUCUGACUGCUGGACCACCCUGGACAACACACAGAGGCUGCUGUCCACGCUGACUGAGGCCACCCAGUGGUGUGAUGCAGUCUCCACCUCCCCCGUCUCUUCUUCUACCACCUGCCCUCUCGCCUCCCUCCCUCCGAUCCCUCCGUCCCGUUUCCAGGAUGCCCGCUCCUUAGCCAUAGAGCUGGGUGGCGGGCAGCUCCUGGAUCUCUGGACUCACACUGUUGAGCGUUACCAGCGGACUGUAGCGCAAGUUAAACCCCGGUUCCUCCAGCCAGACAGGAACCAGAAUCAGGGCCAGGGGAAGCCGAAGACACCGUCCGCAAGCAGCCUGUGGGAUCUGAUGGGACCUGAAGGGGAGGGGGACUGGGGAUUGGGAGCUGGAGGAGGAGAUGGGGGGCUUCAGUCUUGGGGAUCUUUGGCUUCGCUGUUCAGGCCACAGACGUGCUCCACGCUGAAGAUCGGAGAGGAUAAAGGGAAUAAGAAGGAGGGAUCAGGGGGAGGAGUCGGAGGAGGAUCAGGCGGGACAGGAGGAGGGAAAUUUUUGCAGAAUCUUCUAAAUCCUGCAAAGAAAAGUCCCACCGAUACCCCACUACCCCCAAAGCCCCCCAGGAAACGCCACCCCAGCUUUGACCUUCAGGCUCUUCUAGCUCCCCGCAGAGGCGCAGCCACCCCAAAACCGGAUUCCCCUGUAGGAGGGCCCAGCCGUAACUCCCCCAUGUCCUGGCUUGGUAGACGGGCGAUAGCUGAUCCGGUUAUUGCCACAAGCAUGGCUGCAGCGAUACCUGGAUGGGGCGGUGGUGGAGGUGGAGGAGGAGGAGGCGGCGGAGGAGGAAGUGUUGGUGGUGGGGUGUUGAUUCGAGGCGUGGAAGUCAGCAGCAAGGAGGUGGUAGAUCACACGGGUUCGCCAAGGCAGCAUGUGCUGCUAGGGAGGACUGACAGAGAGACAGGGACAGAUCGAACUGGUUCAGGCUCACAGAGUAAGCUGUACCUGCUCUGGUGCCGGAUGCUGAGUUCAGAGAGGCAGUAUGUAACCGUCCUGAAGGGUGUAGAGGAGACAUACCUCCCCUUACUGGAGCUCUCAGACACCCCGGCCUCCAUCAGAGGGAAAGCGGACACACUUUUCCCCAACUGGUCAAGUCUGAGCUCCUUCCACUCGCAGAACCUGCUCCCAGCAAUGGAGGGCGCUCUCGUGCAGAGCUUGUUGCAACAGGACUGCUUCAGUAAAUAUAGGGAGCAGUUUCUACAAUAUUCCCACUACAUCAGGACCAAACAGGAACUGGACUCUCCGCUCAUCACUCAGGCUGCUGACUUCUUUAAGUCCAAACUCCCCGCAGCCUCCCCCCUCUCCCCUCUCUCCUUCCCUCACUGCCUCCAGGCUCCCACUCAGAGACUGGAGCAGUACUGCGAGGCCCUGGAGGAGCUGGGAGGCAUAAACCCGGCUUCUGACUCCGCCCUCUCCAUCCUGAGACACGCCCAGCGACACGGCGAGGACCUCCGGGCCAGUGACCUCAUCGCGGGAUGUCCGAUCCCCGUGGCAGAGCGAGGCGAGCUAGUGCGCCAGGGCGAGCUGACGGUGUGCGGGGGCGCUCGGAGGAAGCGCGCGGGCAUCAGGAGUGUUUUCCUCUACCAGCACUUUGUCAUCUUCACCAAACACAAGAGCCCCAGUCCGGGACGCACCACCUACAGCUACAAACACAGCAUCAAGAUGGGUGAGAUGGGUCUGACCCAGAGCGUCGGGGAGGAGGGGACCAAGUUUGAGAUUUGGGUCCGACAGGCUCCGCGAACCAAAGACUGCAUCACGCUGCAGGCCAAAGACCAGGACGGGAAAGUGGCCUGGACUCACGACAUCGCCCACCUGCUGUGGACACACGCCAUCAACAACACAGAGUUGUGUCUGAAGGAGUCACUGUGUAUGGGAAUUUCCAGUAAGCUCCUGCUGGACGCAACAGGAACCCCAGGCUCAGAGCUGGACUCCAUCUACAGCCUCAAUGACAGAGUCCACAGUAGCUGCUCAGACUCCUCCUCUGUCGGUAGCCAGAAGGAGGGGGGAUCCCCUGCGUCUGGAAGAGACCCCCGGAGAAGCUCUGGAUCAACAAGUUACUCACAGAAUCAGUCCCCGUCUACGGCGGUGUAACUGUCAUCUCAGAAAGAAAACUGGAUCCUGGACUAUUUUGAAGAUUUAAACAUCUCUGUCCCACCACUGGGCGAGUCAAACUGGACCUCAAGGAGCAAGAAGACAGACAAAAAAAAAAAAAAAGAGACCCUCUGACUCUGUUUGAACUUCUCCCCUUCACCUCCUUAAAACAAAUAAAAUGCCAGCAGAUUAGCCGGAGCAGAGCUGCACUGCUUUCCCCCUCCCAGCUCUGACAGAGAAGAAAAGAAAACGCUGCCUCCAAAAAGGAUCAAAAACUGCCCUGUUCAGGCCAUGACAAGCACCAGCGGGGCUCUGCUGCGCAUUUCCGCCAUUUUGGAUCUGCCAGUCUCAGUUGCUGGCAGAGUCAUUGACACCAAAGGCACUUCAGCCACACAGUGCAGCCAUUGUCUGCCCCGCGGCUCCCCACUAGGCCAAACCACUCGGUCUGAACCACUGACUGGCUGGCUGGCUGACUGUACGCAUCACAUGCUCCAGCAUCUGAUAAUAAACAGGAAGUGAUACAUAUGCAGGGCGUUAAUCCACCCGUAGGUUUGCAGAGUUGGAAUGUAUGGUGUACUUUAUCAUUUUCAUGAAGCCAGAGUGCAGAACCGUACGCUCUGUGUGCAGAAGAACGUGGCCUAGGCAAGGUGUGAUUGCAUCUAUGUAAAUGAGGCACACAAUCACACACACACACUUUCCCUCUACGCAUGCAGUCAUUCUUAUUGUUACAAGACAGUAGAGCACUAUUCACAUGCUCACACACUCACUGAGGCAGGUUUACAGCCUGGUACAGUGACUAAAUCAACAUCUGGACACACAAGUGAGCAUUGCCUUGAUGAUAAGAAAGUUUUACAGUAUUAUAUCUGCUAGCUAAAGAUGUUUUAUACAAUGUGUGUGUUUAAGCUAAAAAUGUAUUUACAUUGGAAACUAUUCAAGGGCAAAAUGUAUUGUCUUGUUUUACAUAUAACUUAUGUUACAUGAGCUUUAAAGUGUCUAAAGUGUACUGAAAGGCAGUUAUAAUGAAUCAAGUUUCAUACCUUUUGACAGAUGAUGCCAUAUUCUAUACGCCAAAAAUGGGUGUAUGUGCAAUGUUGCUUUGUGUACAGAGAGGUGUUGUUAAAUUUAGUCUUUACUGAUUGGAAUUUUCGCUCCAUCAAAUGGAGAAAGGUAGAUCUGUUUGACGCUCCAAACUCUAAUUUCACAUUUUCCGUGCUUUGGAGAUCCGCUCGAUGACGUGAAUCACACCCGACUGUUUUAUGACAUUUUUCACUUUGAUGUGACUUCUUAGAAAAAUGGUUUCCGAAUGACUUCGAUGUGUUCUGCUUUAAAUUUGGGAUUUGGGAUCACAGUGUUUUGGCGCCCCCUGUGGUGAUACGAUGUAAUUGCAAGUGCUUUUUUGAACAUCAUCCAUAAUAGGGAUUCACUUACAAUACUAUCAGAGUUUGAAAAUAAUAGUUAGAUUUGUGAAAUUUCACAUUUCAAAGAAGUGUAUGCAAUAUUUUCAGGGCUUACGUUCAAAUUUGUAUUUCAGGAACUUUUGACAAAUAUUUUGACAUUUUUAUAAAUUCGGCUGAUUUCUUUACGGGCUCAUGUUGCCUCAUACCAACUUUGGUAAUGAAGGUACUUCUCAGUUACGUGAAGAUACAUCACCCUUCAGCUAACAAUAUUGAAGGUCUUAAUUUUUGGUCACUUUGGCGCCCCCUGUGGCCAAAAGCUGUAACUGCAGGUGCGUUUUUGAACCUCAUCUGUAACAGCUAUUCAUUUACAAUUAUAGUAGAGAUUGGAAAUAACUGAAUUUUCUGCUUCAAACAAGUGUUGGUGAUAUUUUAAGAGCUAAUUACCCAAAGGUUUUCAGGAAUGCUGGAACACUUUGAGAAUGCUUUGACGAUUUUGGAAACUUGCUUUUUUAUUUAUGACCUGAAGUUGCCUGAUUCUGCAGCUACUAAGCUAAAUGAAGAAGUGCAACGUUUUUCCUUCACAGGAACGAUCUUGAACUCUUAAUUUGUGGUUCCUGUGGCGGCCCCUCUGGUGAUAAUCUGUAACUGCAGGCGUGUUUUUGAAGCCAAGAAAAGUUGGAACUUUGAAAAAAAUGCUUCGAUGAUUUUCUAGAUAGAUCUUGUCUUUAUGGCCUCAUGUUGCCUUAUACCAGCUUUGGUAUCAAUAUCAGAAGCACUAUAUUGAUUCCUUAAAAGGACCAAUCUUGAGAGCUCUAACUUAUGGUCACAUUGGCGCCCCCUGUGGCAAUAAGCUGUAAUUGCAGGCAUGUUUUUGAAAGUCAUUGGAAGUAAAAAAUUUAGAUUAGAUUUUCAGCUUCAGGAUCACAGUUUCAGGAAGUGUUGGUGCUAUUUUCAGAGCUUAUUGUUAUAAUUCUUCAGAAUAGCUUGGACUUGUUUGAAUACUUUGAAUUAUUUUUAUCAAUAUGCCUAUUUUCUUGAGGCUUGCAGUUGCCUUAUACCAACUCAAAUAUCGGCACCACUCUUGUGUCAGUUGGCUAAAUAUUAAGCUGUUGUGAGUAGCCUAGCCUAGCCUAAAUAUUGAAGCAUUGGAUAGCUAGCCUGGCUCCCUCACAGGUGAUGAAAGCCAUUCACGAGCAUUCUUAAAAGCUUUCUAAUGAACACACUGUCCUUGGACUUUUGUUCUAUGUUCUACGCAAAUUUUCAUCAACGUCAGGUUGCCAGAAAAGUCCAGUCAGAUGCUCGUUUUAACAUUUUGAAAUGCUCUGACACUUCUCAAGUUCGGAAUUAAAAAACAAGAUGCAACACGACUGAAUAAGCAUAAUAGGUGCUUGUAAACUCGCUUUGUUACCUCUUCAGAGAGCUGGGCUAACUCCCCCUCUCUGCCUCUAUUCUUUGUGCUAAGCUAGGCUAACAAACUGCUUUCGGUAACACUAAAAGGACCUUAGACAUGAGUGGUAUCAACUCAAUCAAUCAACUCUUGGCGCAAAAAUAAAUAGGCGUAAGAUGUUUCCCUUGAAAGUAGUGAUGUAGAAGAUCUCAAAUGUGUUCCCUUUGGCGACCCCUGUGGCAAAUAGAUGUAACUGCAGGUGUGUUUUUGAACCUCACUUACGAUGCUAGCAAAAAUGGGGAAAAAAAUGAUGUUCCUCCAAAUUAAAUUGAGAGCAGUUAUGUUGCUUUAGCUGCUCUCCGAGGCGUGUUGCACCAUUUUUGAUGAUUGUUUCUACCAUUACCCUCCGAAGUUUUCUGCAAACACAUGAGCUUUAAUCAAAGGAGAAUAAGCUUUUCCCACCAUUAUGGUACCUCAUUUAACAAAAGACAAUUACUUAACCAACAUCCACUUGUAUAAAAAUCUCAAACUCAAGUGUGUUCUCCUUUAAAAGAGACAUUAAACACUUUUCCUCCAAAGUCUCAGAACGAUAAACUCUGUGAGGGAGUUGUGUUUGUAGAGAAUCGAACGGAGUGAUGCAAACUUUUAUGUUGCUGCAGAAGAAAGGUUUCAUCGUUUCAUUUAUUGAUACAGUUGAUAUUUUAUGACACACAGUAAAGCCUGUAAUCAUCCACUCACCUGGUUUGAUUGGAUGACAUGUGUAUCCCUAUCAAACAACAUCACACUUAAGGUACAAAAUGAAACCAUCAGGUAGCGAGAGCCAGCAGCAGCAGCAGCGGCGGCGUCGGCGGCAGGAGGUUAAGCUCGUGUCUGCAGACGGCAGCAGCACUUUGUCGCCGUUAUCAGAUUUAGCACGUUUCAUAUCUGCAUUCAAAUUCAAAAAUUGCAAAUGGCUAUUGAGCCGUCUCUGAAUCAAUAUGUAAUUUGUUGGCUCGGAGAAGCCUCGUACACUUCAUAGCCUUUAGCUGUUUGGUACAUUGCGGCGUAUUGGAAGCAAUGUAAUGAACAUCAUCUUUCAUUCUUACCGCAGUAUAGAUUGUCAGACACAGAAAUCCUCACUUUUUCGUGGGCCGCGGCGAGGCAGUAUUAUGUAAAGAAACUCUGGCUUUGUUUUUUUGCUAUGACACAUCUGCCUGAUGUUUACAUUUUCUCUGAAGGAAUGUUUGAAACGCAUGUUAAGCUUACUUGAUAUUGUACUUUUUUAAAACUGUUUUAUACUUUUCUUUGUUGAAUUAAAACUGGAUGCAAAGUGG